AUGGUAUGCCUCGACUUACAGCUCGGCUUGCAUAGUUGUGCCUCCAGAGCUGCUGAUGAGCCUUUCGUCCUCCCCCCAAACACCGACCUCCCCAAAUUCAAGGCCUUCCUUUCCUGCGCAGCGAGUGUCAUAGAUGAAGCGAAUGUUCAAGUCAUCGACAUCUACGAUGACAUUGCCCAGGAAGAAUACAUGAACCCCUCCAAGGCCCAUGAUAUGUUCCAUGUCCUGGAGAAGACGCAUUUCGUAUCAUCCGCAGUUGUCGCACCGAGGACUGUUGCCGAUGUCCAAGAGAUCAUGAAGUUGGCCAACGAGUUUGAGAUUCCCGUCUGGCCGUUUUCCAAGGGCAGGAAUGUUGUCUAUGGAGGGGCAGCCCCGAGAGUACCUGGCAGUAUCGGCAUCGAUAUGGGCAGGCACAUGAAUAGAGUGGUAAAAGUAGAUACUGAGAAUGCGUAUGCAUUGGUCGAGCCUGGCGUCUCCUACUUCGAACUACAUGAGUAUUUAGUCAAGCAUAAUUUGCGGGAUAAGGUGUGGGCGGAUGUGCCUGAUCUGGGAGGCGGUUCUGUUAUUGGGAAUACUCUCGAAAGAGGUGUUGGGUAUACGCCAUAUGGGGAUCAUUGGAUGAUGCAUUGCGGACUGGAAGUCCAACUAUUCAAUUAUGGUUUCGGCUCACACAAUGAUGGUACCUUUUCGCAGUCAUCGCUCGGGGUCGUUGUUAAGAUGGGGGUCUGGCUUAUGCCUAAUCCUGGCGGUUAUCAGGCCUACAUGAUCAUCUUCCCGAGGGACGAUGAUUUGGAUCAGAUUGUGGAGAUACUCCGGCCGUUGAGGAUCUCCUUUGUAAUUCAGAACGUUCCAAAGCUGGAUAAUGUUCUGGUCAGCGCCGCCCUCGAGGGCCACCGCAGCGAUUACACAGAUUCCGACAAGCCCUUAACCGAAUUUGAACUAGAUGAGAUUGCCAAAAAGCUCGGCAUCGGUCGCUGGAACCUCUACGGAGCAAUACCGCCACAACGAUGUAGCGCUACAAAUCCGAAACAAUACGUUCCAGGGAAUCCCCUCCAUCACCGAGCUUCGAUGGUACGAUCUCCCCGCCGCUUAAGCGAAGAGUAUGGAUUCGACUUCAUUGGCGCAUUUCUCGUCGGGGUCCGCGAAAUGCACCAUAUCGUGUGCAUUCUGUUCGAUCGAAAGGACCCGGAUUCUAGACGUCGCGCCUAUGAACUCAUUAAGGUUUUGAUCGCCGAGGCGGCAAACCGCGGAUGGGGUGAAUACCGGGCUCAUCUCGCCCUGAUGGACCAGAUCGCGGAGACGUACAACUUCAACAGUAAUGCGCAGAUGAAGCUGAACGAGAAGUUGAAGAAUGCUCUCGAUCCAAAGGGGAUUCUGUGUCCUGGGAAGAAUGGGAUUUGGCCUGCGAAUUACAAAAAGGAGGAAUGA